UCCUGUUCCUCCCCAGGAGCCAGAGCUGCGCCGGGUCCACACCGCGUCAGCCCCGGCCCCAGCAGGACGCCGGCAGCAGCCUCACAACGAAGACCCAACACCAAAUCCCCCUGGCUGCACAGCGGUGCCAUGGGCUUUGGGCCGGAGCUGUGGUGCCCGCAGGGGCACAGCGCGCUGCUGCGGCUGCAGGAUGGGGAGCUGCGCCUCCUGGAGCUGAUGAGGAAGUGGAUGUCACAGCGGGCCAAGAGUGACCGCGAGUAUGCAGGGAUGCUGCACCACAUGUUCUCCCAGCUGGAAAAGCAGGAGAGCACUUGGCAGCUCCAUGGCAACCACGGUGGUCACAUCGAGAAGUCCUGGUGGGUGCUGGUGAGCCGGACAGAGACGCUGAGCCAGAUCCUCCUGCUCAUCCGCGACAAGCAGCAGCUGCGCAGGGCCUUCAGCGAGCAGUGGCAGCAGCUCAGCCAGGACUACAGCCGGACGACGCAGCAGGAGAUGGAGAAGCUGAAGGCACAGUACCGCAGCCUAGCCCGUGACAGCGCCCAGGCCAAGCGCAAGUACCAGGAGGCCAGCAAAGACAAGGAGCGCGACAAGGCGAAGGAGAAGUAUGUGCGCAGCCUCUGGAAGCUCCAUGCCCUCCACAAUCAGUAUGUGCUGGCUGUGCAGGCGGCCGCAUUGCACCACCAGCACCACUACCAGCGGGUGCUGCCCAGCCUGCAUCAAUCCCUCUACGGUCUGCAGCAGGAGAUGGUCCUCGUCCUAAAGGAGAUCCUCAGCGAGUACUGCAGCAUCAGCAGCCUGGUACAGGAGGAUCUUUUGGCCAUUCACCAGGAGAUUGCCAGUGCCAUCCAGGCCAUCGACCCUGCCACUGAGUACAGCAGCUUCAUCCAGAGCCACCAGUACGAAUCUGAGAUGCCACCAGCUGUGUCCUUUGAUGAGAGCCUGCUGGAGGACACAGAAAACCUGGUGCCGAGCAGGAGCGGAGCGGGGCCAGCGCGCUGGAGACCCUCAAGAACCACAUCACAGGCAUCUUCAGCCCAAAGUACUCGCUGCCACCCCCCGUGCCCCUCAUCCCAGACGUGCAGAAGCCGCUGUGCCAGCAGGUCUGGUACCACGGGGCCAUCCCACGGUCGGAGGUGCAGGAGCUGCUGACCUGCCCUGGGGACUUCCUGGUGCGGGAGAGCCAGGGCAAGCAGGAGUACGUGCUCAGCGUGCUGUGGGAUGGGCAGCCCCGGCACUUCAUCAUCCAGGCUGUGGGAAACAUGUUUCGGCUGGAGGGUGACAGCUUCCCCACCAUUCCGCUGCUGAUCCAGAACCUCCUGCAGAGCCAGCAGCCCAUUACCCGCAAGAGUGGCAUUGUCCUGGCCAGGGCUGUGCCCAGGGACAAAUGGGUGCUGAACCACGAGGACGUGCUGAUGGGGGAGCGCAUUGGUCGGGGUAACUUUGGGGAAGUGUUCAGCGGACGCCUGCGUGCUGACAACUCUCCCGUUGCUGUGAAAUCCUGCCGGGAAACCCUUCCGCCUGAGCUCAAGGCCAAGUUCCUGCAGGAAGCCAGGAUUCUCAAGCAGUACAGGCACCCCAACAUCGUGCGGCUCAUCGGCGUCUGCACGCAGAAACAGCCCAUUUACAUCGUCAUGGAGCUGGUGCAGGGGGGGGACUUCCUGACCUUCCUGCGCAGUGAGGGUCCCCACCUCCGCGUGAAGGAGCUGGUCAAGAUGACAGAGAAUGCUGCCGCCGGCAUGGAGUACCUGGAGAGCAAGCACUGCAUCCACAGGGACCUGGCUGCUCGCAACUGCCUGGUGACGGAGAGAAACACCCUGAAGAUCAGUGAUUUUGGGAUGUCACGGGAGGAGGAGGAUGGCAUCUACGCCGCCACAGGGGGAAUGAAGCAAAUCCCUGUCAAGUGGACGGCCCCUGAAGCACUCAAUUACGGCCGAUACAGCUCAGAGAGUGAUGUCUGGAGCUUUGGCAUCCUGCUGUGGGAAGCCUUCAGCCUGGGUGCCGUCCCCUAUGCCAACCUCAGCAACCAGCAGACACGGGAGGCAGUGGAGCAUGGUUUGCGGCUGGACCCUCCCGAGCAGUGCCCUGAGGAGGUGUACCAGCUGAUGCAGCGCUGCUGGGAGUAUGACCCUCACAAGCGGCCCAACUUCUGCACCAUCCACCAGGACCUCGUCGCCAUCCGCAAGAGGCAGCGGUGACAGGGAGCACCAGGGGCCCUGGAUCCAUCCCACGGCACUGCUGGGAUCACAGCAGAGCCCUGUCUGGGCAGGGUGGCUGUGUGGCGCUUGAGCCCCAGGGCAGGGGCUCCUGCAUACCUCAGGGUGGGCUAUGGCAGCCAAAGCUCCUGCCCAGCUUCGUCUUGUACAAUAAACACAUGAGCUCUGCA